AAGGGCUCAUUUCUUGUUUAGAUACAUAAUGUCUUCCCUUACCUUCUCUUAUAUUUUUCAUCUAAGUGCAACUUCUUCUCAUAUCAAAACAUGGCUUCUGGUUCUAAUUCAAGAAAAAAGAAAGCUUCAGGUUCAAAAGAAAAGAAAAAUAUGGCUUCAGGUAGUAGCACUGCUUGUGGAGACACUACAAUUGUUUCACCGACAAGAAUUCACAAGGCAACUAUAGUCUGGCUUCAUGACAUCGGCCAUAAUGACCAAGUGUCAGCUAUGUUUGUACGUAAAUUGAAUCUUCCAAAUGUAAAAUGGAUUUGUCCGACUGUUCCAACACGUCCCCUUACUUUAUUGGGUGGAACCCAAACUACUUCUUGGUGCGAUGUCACAGGAAUUUCUGAGCACAUGGAAGACGAUAUGGUUUCUAUCAAUUCUACAGUUGCUAUUGUUGUUAACCUUCUAAAUGCUGAACCAGGCAAUGUCAUGUUAGGACUAGGAGGUAUCGGCAUGGGUGCAGCGGUAGCUCUCUACUCUGCAACUGCAACUUGUUAUAUCACUGUUGAAGGUUCAGGUCUGAUUCAAAUCCUAUUAGCUUUGGUUGGUUUGAUUGAAACUUAGAAGAAUUGAUCAGGCGGUUAUCUCCGGUUUAGAAGAUUGUUGAUUGAACCAGAUAAAGAAGGAGCAAUGCAAAGUCUCUAACUGCAGUGGAGAGUUUGUUAUAUUCUGAAACGGAUCGUUUCAUCUUUUAUCACUUCUUCAUUUUUCUGUUUCAAGUCUGUUGUAUCGAGAGAGAGAGAGACUUGUGAGAGAGAUCCGCCAUUGUUGUAAAGCUCAAGUUCGAGCUGGUUCUUACUCAUUUUGAUAGUGGAUUUGCCGGAUUGAUUCGGCCCCAGACGUAGGUGUGAUCACAUCGAUCACGCUGAACUGGGUAACAAAUCGUGUGUUCUUUGUUCUCGUUUCUUUACUUGCACA